UUCAAUUUUGUGGAAUAACAAAAGAAAAGAAUGCUCCAUAGCUUGUUCUGAAUUUCUACCCUGCAUUGACAGUGAUGACUUUUGUAAUCUGUUUUUCCAGAGUAUUUGAAGAUCCGAAGACAGAAGUUUCAAAAUGAACAGAUGAAGGCCUUAUUCCCGAAAUGUUGACUCUCCUGCUCCUUGGAUGCUGCCUGACCUGCUGUGCUUUUCCAGCGCCGCACUGUUCAACACUGACUCUCCCCUGUCUGCGGUCCUCACUUUCACUUCAAUAUCUGACAGUCACUCAAUCGAUUGGGGCAGCCACGAUUUUUUAUUACAAUUCUGUGAGAAGGAGCAAAGCUUGUUGGUUCCUAUUUCAGUACAUUUUCAUUAUCAGUGGGACUGGAUGAGAGACCCUACUGUUGCUGCGCACGGAGUGUGGAGCCUGAAACUGUUAUCCGGCCUGGAAAGAGGAACUCACAGCAGUGAGAGGCAGUACAUGCGUUUACGUGUGGCUGAAGCUUCGGACAUGGAGAAACCGUGGAGGUGUGGUAACUGUGGGAAAGGCUUCCGUACUCCGUCUGACCUGGAGAUUCAUCAGCGCAUCCACACCGGGGAGAGGCCGUUUUCCUGUCCCAAGUGCGGGAAGGGCUUUACCCAGGUCUCUACCCUGCUUCGGCACCAGCGGAUCCACACGGAGGAGAGGCCUUUCAGCUGCUCUGAGUGUGGGAAGGCCUUCAGCGAUUCAUCCUCCCUACUGACCCACCGGCGAGUCCAUACGGGAAAGAGGCCGUUCAGCUGCCCCGAGUGCGGGAAGGCCUUCAGCCGUUCCUCCAAUUUGCUGGCCCACCAGCAGGUCCACACUGGGGAGAGGCCUUUCGGCUGUCCUGAUUGCGGGCAGGCCUUCAGCUAUUCCUACUCCCUGCUGAGACACCAGCGGGUCCACACGGGGGAAAAGCCCUUCAAAUGUUCCGAGUGUGGGAAGGCCUUCAGCUAUUCCUCCUCCCUGUUGACCCACCGGCGAGUCCAUACGGGUGAGAGGCCCUUCUGGUGUCCCGAGUGCGGGAAGGCCUUCAGCGAUUCCUCCUCCCUGCUGACCCAUCGGCGAGUCCAUACGGGGGAGAGGCCCUUCAGCUGCACUGAGUGCGGGAAGGCCUUCACCCGGUCCUCCCACCUCCGGAGCCACCAGCGACUUCACGUGCCAUCGCAGGGGGACUGACAAAGCGACUGCCGAGUGCCGUUAUCGACUGGACUAUUAACCCAGUUCUGGGAUCUGUUGGGUUUGAAUACCACCGCGGCAGAUGGCGGAAUUGGAAUACGGUCAGAAUCUAACGAUGAAACCAUUUUCUGUGGCGGGGGGGGAGAAAACCCCAAUCUGAUUCACGCCCUUUUGAGGGAAGGAAACUGCCGUUGUGGGAAAGGAUUCACUCAGUCGUCCCAGCUGCAUCCUUUAUCUGGUCUGGCCUACACGUGACUCCAGACCCACAGCAGUUUGUUUCACUCCACACUGCCCCCGUUCCAGGCCGCACGGGUUAAGGCUGUACCAAGGAUCCAAU